AUAGUGCCAUCGAUAGUUUGACAACUCUAUGGUAUAGUUUGAUCCCUAGCCACCAAAUAAAUUCCGCUAUUUGCUUCGCACGUGUGUUUUUUUGCCUGUGAAGCUUUGAUUAAUUUUUGACGUAAAAAUUCUUAAUUUGCGGCAUUCGCAUGGGCUGCUCACGUUUCUUUGUGGCUAAUCUGCCACCUAACACAACUGAACAGCAGCUAUUGCGGAUUUUUCAGGAUUAUGGCACCGUUGAGCGUGUAGAACUGAAGACCAAAAAUAAUCCAUUUGAAGCGGAAAGCGACAAAGUGAUAGCGUUUGUAACGCUGGAAAUACAUCCAAACGAUGUGAAUAAUUGCGUUGACGCGCUUAAUUGGGUGAAGGUAAAUGGUACGAAUAUAAAGGUUUCGGUGGCGAAAGAAUCCUUUUUAGAACGCUUAAAGCGUGAACGUGAGGAGGCUGAAAAGGGAAAGAAUCCUGUCAUAGAUGUGGUUCGGAGUGAACAGCAAACUGAGGCGUUCCUUCCACAAAAUGCCGAGAAUACACGUAAGACCUUUACUGAGGAGGAAUUGACGGCGUUGGAAAAUGACGAUGACAUUGCUGCACAUUUGUUGAUUAGCAAGAAACGGGCAGCUAGUUCGUUGCAUAAUGGCAGGAUAGUUAUUCAAAGUUACGAUACCAAGCCAAUGCACAUUAUCGAAGGAGCGAAGAAGAAAAAGAAGCCAGAUGGGUCAGACAGUGUAGCUGAGCAGAAGCGCAAGGAAUCACAAAAUAAAAUGACUAAGCAGUACAAAGAUAAGAAAUCAGUUAUACAGCAAGCUCUUUCCGGCCGAGAUGCGCCGAAAUCGAAGAAAAUCAGAUUCAGCGAUACGGAGGAAGAUGAGCACACUGCGACUCAGAGCGAUUUCCAUCAGAAAUCUAUAACCAAUAUUUUCGGCUCUGAUGAGGAAGAUGAUGAAGAAACUGAUACAAAGUUGCAACUGAAACCGGAACUCUUUGGCAAGAAAGGCGAAAAAUUGGUGGAAAUGCAAAGUAAACAGAGCCUGGAUCCGCGUUUUCGCAUUGAUGCUAAAUUCGUCGACGAUGAUGAUGGUGAAGGGGAGGAGCAGAUUGAAGCGUCUACACAUAAAGAAUCCUUGCAAAAUGUCGAAACUGAGCGCAGUUGGCAAAUGGGCAUACUGGAGCAGGUGGUGGGCUCAAAGAUCGACACCUCCGACAAUGCUCAAAAGGCGGCGCGUAAGAAACGUAUGUUACGUUAUGAUCCAUCUAAGGAAGAGCACCAAAAGUUACUGCGUACUACAGCGAAAGAAGCGCCAGAGGAAGAUAUUGAAGUUUCGGCCACGAUCGCUGGCAAAAAGAAACAAAAAAAGCACCGCAUAGACAUUGUGGGACCCGAAAGCGAAGGGAAAAGCCCAGAGGUGUCUAAGGAGGUAUUCUACGUGGUCACCGACACACUAGCCGAGUCGCUUAAGACGCGCGGCGAUGGCUUCAGCUUGUUGAAUAUGUUUGGCAGCGGGAAUUCGCAAGACAAGCGCGCAGAUGAAUUGAAAAAGGUAUCUGAUGCGAGGAUUCUUGUCACUAAGCCGGACAAGAAUGCAUUGAAUCCAUUCAAAUAUGACUCAUCCUCAGACGAAGACGGUGAAAAUGAGAGCAAAAAGAGAGCAACAGAAGCUAAGCAGAAGACGCUGAAAAGGGAAAAGCAACAAAACAAAAUUGUGGUGGAAAGUUUCUUCAUACCGCGCAAUGAUGCCAGGCUGAAAGAGGGUGCUAAAUUCUUCCGCUUUGAAAAGAAGAUUGAGCCGGAAGAGGACUACGAGGCUGUUCGUAAUCGUUUAAAACUGCUUAUAAGAAGCAAAAUUAAUAAAACUAAGAAAAAUUUGUUGGCUAGCAGUGGAGGUGGCGGGCUGCAUAAAAAACGAAUAAAAAAACACCAUUAAACGGUGGCAAUUAAUAAAA